GGUUUGUAGUACUCCAACCCGCGGCAACUCCUGUUUGUCCAACAAGUCCUUCGCCGAGUGAGGUAGAGCCGUUCAAAGCCCCAUUGACGUGAAGAUGUCCUGCCCGUGUACACGAUCGGGCUGCGGAUCUGGGGGAGGACCUGGAUCAGCAGCUCCCGGAUCUGGGCAGACGUGCCCUACUACAGCGGGCGGAAAUAGUGGCGCUCAAGCUGCUCCUCGUGGAGGCGCAUCUCCACCACCAAAGAAAAAACCAUGUGGCCCGAAACCAUGUGGGGGUGGAAAAUGCAAAAAGUGCGGAAAGGGCGGCAAAGAAGGCGGAGCCGGAAAAGGAGGAGCCGGAGGCGGAAGCGGAUCUGACGGCGGUCUGUCUGGUAUGCUCGGUGGCGCUUUUAAUGCCCCACCUAAUAACAGGGGACCAGCUGCUCUUGGACUGGCUGGGUUGCUCUUUGCCGUCGGUUGCUUCCUAACCGUUAAGCUGGGAAUAGUGGCUAUGGAGAUAGGCUAGGUUAAUGUUUCCAGUUAACCCCUCAAGGAAGCAAUCAUUAACACACACACAAGCAUACAGGUAUUGAGUUGAUUUGGAAGCGGUUUAAAUAAAUUCCAAAUUCUAGAUAGCGUUUGAAAUCAA